AGGACUUGGCAUUUAAAGGCUGACCGGACGCUGUGAGCCGCUGGACGAUGGCGCUCUACCUGUCGGGUAUCAUCUACCUGCUGCUCGCGCUCUGGACUCUGCGGCGCUCGAGCGGCGCCACGGCCAAGGAGCUGAGCUGCCAGGAGAUCGCCGUUCCGCUGUGCAAAGGCAUCGGCUACAACUACACCUACAUGCCGAACCAGUUCAACCACGACACGCAGGACGAGGCUGGCCUGGAGGUGCACCAGUUCUGGCCGCUGGUAGAGAUCCAGUGCUCCGCAGACCUCCGUUUCUUCCUGUGCAGCAUGUACACACCCAUCUGUCUGGAGGACUACAAGAAGCCGCUGCCGCCGUGCCGCAGCGUCUGCGAGCGCGCCCGCGCCGGCUGCGCGCCUCUCAUGCGCCAGUACGGCUUCCCGUGGCCCGACCGCAUGCGCUGCGAGCUGCUGCCUGUGCAGGGAAACCCCGACACCCUGUGCAUGGACUACAACCGGACGGACGCCACGACAGCCGCGCCGCUGCUCCCGAAGCCCACGGGCCUCCCGGGAAGGGCUCCGGUAGGCGGCCGCGGUGUUGGAGGAGUUGGAGGAGGAGGAGGAGGAGGACACCCCAAGCGCAAACCGGCGCCGCAGCCGUGCGAGGCCGGGUGUCAGUGCCGCGCGCCGAUGGUGCGCGUGAGCAGCGAGCGGCACCCGCUGUACAACCGCGUCAAAACGGGUCGAACCCCGAACUGCGCGAUGCCCUGCCACAACCCGUUCUUCACCCCAGACGAGCGGGCGUUUACAGCCUUCUGGAUCGGCUUGUGGUCCGUGCUGUGCUUCGUCAGCACCUUCGCCACCGUCGCCACUUUCCUGAUCGACAUGGAGCGGUUUAAGUACCCAGAGCGACCCAUCAUCUUCCUCUCUGCGUGCUACAUGUUCGUCUCAGUUGGUUACAUUGUGCGUCUGAUCGCGGGCCACGAGCGGGUCGCCUGCAGCCGGGAGCACGACGUCGAACACGUCCACUACGAGACCACCGGACCGGCCCUGUGCACCGUCGUCUUCCUGCUGAUCUACUUCUUCGGCAUGGCCAGCUCCAUAUGGUGGGUGAUUCUGUCCCUCACCUGGUUCCUGGCAGCGGGUAUGAAAUGGGGCAACGAGGCCAUCGCGAGCUACUCGCAGUACUUCCACCUGGCUGCGUGGCUCAUCCCGAGCAUGAAGUCUAUAGCGGUCCUGGCCCUGAGCUCGGUCGACGGGGACCCCGUCGCGGGCAUCUGCUAUGUGGGCAACCAGAACUUGGACAACCUGCGUGGCUUUGUGCUCGCACCUUUACUCAUCUACCUGUGCAUCGGAGCCAUGUUUCUGCUCGCCGGGUUUGUGUCGCUGUUUCGCAUCCGCAGUGUCAUCAAGCAGGGUGGCACGAAAACGGACAAGCUUGAGAAACUCAUGAUUCGCAUCGGGGUGUUCACUGUGCUCUACACGGUGCCCGCUGCUGUCAUCGUCGCAUGCUAUUUCUACGAACAGCACAACCGGCAGCGCUGGGAGGCAGCACACAACUGCGCUUGUGCUCUGGACCGUGAGCGUGAUGCAGAGCGGCCGGACUACGCCGUGUUUAUGCUCAAGUACUUCAUGUGUCUGGCUGUGGGCAUCACGUCAGGCGUGUGGGUCUGGUCGGGGAAGACUGUCGAGUCAUGGCGGGCACUGUGUGCACGCUGCUGCCGCUGCCGCUGGGCGGGCAAGGGUGCAAGCAGCUCGGCAUACAGUGAUGUCAGUGCGGGACUGACGUGGCGAUCAGGUACAGCCAGCUCGGUCUCCUGUGCCAAGCAGAUGCCUUUGUCCCGAGUCUAGAGGAGUUCAGUGCAUUAGUUCUUGACUUGACUUGACUUUUCCACACACGCAUUUCCAUACAAAUAGACUACUGAGGGGUUUCUGUUAAGCGGAAAGACUGGUUGAAACAAUCAAACCCAUCAUCACCCCUCGUGCGUAAUUUACUUUUCUGCCAUUUCUAUUCAUAUGGACAUGACAUGCAAUCAGUGAUGCUUAGAGAGAAUUAGGCAUUGCAUUGUUCCAAGUGGUGCUGAACAUUUUCUCCAGUCCUUUAGCAUUUAAACACAAAGUUUUCUGUUUUUAACUUUUUUUUUUUUUAAAGUUUAGUUUAAAGAAUGUCUAAACAAUCAAAAAUAUCAAAGAUGCUCUCUCUCAGAUAAGCCUUAAAAAGUCUUAAAGUUUUAGUGCUUAAAUAUUUCUACGGGUUGUUUUUUAUUGUAAUGUAUUUAUACAGUUGUGUACAAACGUGUAAAUUUUGUAUAAAAGAAAGAAGAUUUAUAAGAUGAUUGUAAAUUUGUACAUAGUGUAGAUGUCAUUUGAAGAAGACAAAUAUUGCUUUUAUUUUGACAAUAAAAUAUUUUGGACAAAUCUUUAAUCAGACAACUCUCCAGCAUCUUCUGUUGUUUUAUAACGAGACAGAACUGUAAAGGGUUUCUUUUACCCCCGCUAUUUUAAUGGUGACUGUAUUGAGCAUGCUUGCUAUAGAGGUGUUUCUUUGUGCACGUCUUGUGAAGAGAAGCUCUUUCUCGGCUAUCAGGGCCGUAAUUAGGGGCGAGCAGCUAGAGUUGGAGAAGCUCCAUCAUUGUUGUGUUCGCCACUUAAUUUAAUAAAAGAGGGCCAAUUGAAUGGGGUUUAAAUGCAGAGAAAAGGCGUCU